AUGUCCAAAUUAUACAUUGUUAUUCUCGGAUUCUUUACGACAUCCUACAUCCUCAAUGCAAUUCUUGUAGGAGCUUUACCUACGAGAGACAAAGUGCAAAGUUUAGCUACACUAUGCGGGAUUUUGAAUUACGGAGAAUUCACUCACGAUGUGUCAACUCAUCGACUGAAUGAUCCAAAUAACCCGAUCAAAACCUACCAAACAGGGCACAACGGUCGAGUCGAAUAUGUUCGUGCAGAGAUCACAUCAGCAUCAAUUGGAAAAGGUUCAGCACCAAGUGAUCGUGCUCGGAAAUAUGCUCGAUCGAUGGGUAAAUCAAACGAUGAUGCUGGACAUAUCAUUGCAAAUAUACUAGGUGGUACAGGAAGGGAAUUGUACAAUAUUUUUCCUCAAAGUAUUAAUAUCAAUCGUGGUGUAUGGAGUCGGAUUGAAAAUGACAUUCGUCAAACUGUUGUUAGAUCAGGACAAACUGUAGAAGUUGUUGUUCAAUUGUAUUAUGCGACACCAACUGACACGAGACCUACUCAUUUUAUGUAUCGAGCUAACAAUGGUAAUUCAUGUCAUACGGCUGAUGUUAAUAAUCCAUAG